GAUAUCACAAUAAACCGACAACUCCCCCACCAUCACCGGGUUCUUCCAAACACCGCCCUCCUCCACAGCAUCCGGAACCUUCGCCUGCCACUUCUGAUCGUUCAGCCGCUGCGCCCACGCCCAGUCAAAAGUGUAGCCCGCGCGCUCACCCCCAGCAGCAGCGAUCCCACCAAGCGAAGGCGUCAGAUCAGCGCGAGCGAAGCCAUAAGUCCCAAUAAUGCUGAGUAUUCACAAGUCAGCAAACGGCCAGAUUCCCCCCGCCCCCAACUCAACCCACUCAACAUACCAUACGACUCCGCAUUCCUCAAAGCCGACUGCGUAUCCAGCCUCAUGGCAUUCUGCCAACCCGCCGUGUGCUCAUUGUCAGGAUGGGGAUAAUCAAUGCUAAGAUACCUAAACGCAUGCAUCCACUCGUGAAGCAGGGCAAAGACGGGCAGGACGGCAUCCCUGUUGAUUUUGAUAUAUCUGGCCAGUAGUUAGAAAGAUGGGAAGGAUGGAAGGAUGGUUGGUAAGAUUAGAAAAAAAACAUACCACAUAUUGCACGGGUCUCGUGUAUCCUCGUAACGGUCCUGGUCGUCGCGGUCUAAUAGUGUUAAUAGAGCCAUAUGUAUUAGAAAGACCAAAGUGAAAAGGAGGAUGGAUACGUCCGUACAGAUGUGCACUUUGGCUUGGUUGCGGUUGGUGAUGUUCUCCUAUUCAUUGCCCAAACUGUUUAGGUUUUCUAUAACGAUGGCGCUUGCUGCCAUUUUCGUUUCGCCAUAGACGGCCUCGAAAGCUGCGGGUAGUGGUACCCCUCCUGGUCGGAGACCUCGGUCUUGAAAAUAGCCCAGAAUACGGUGUGGAAGUCAGUGUCGGUGGGAUCGGCCAGUCGCUCAGCUGCACUGCGGGCCAUGUAGAAGGCCUCUUGGGGGUACUUUGUGAAGUCUGGAUCCGGAUCAUAGCAUUCUGAAGAUAUCCAGUAAAGGUACUCGUUGGGGGGUAGCGCGGUUGCGAGACAGGCAAGACCCAAGGCCCAGAGGAAGAGGAAGGCCCAAAUUGCUGUCUCUUGACGGCGAGUGAUGCGGAGAGAUGAUGAUGCUGUGGGAAGAAAUAUCUGGUGUAUUUAUACUGAGACUAACUCGGAUGACGACGACUGUCCCGACGACAAGCCCAAAUGCCCUGAGCCCGACUGCGAAGGCAAUUACCUCGGCCUUUGCACCAAGGAGCCCAUCAUCAACUGCCCUUGAGACGUGUGCCUCAAAGUCGAAGACGUCUUUUGCGAAGAUGAGGCUUGUAUGGGAGUGGGCGAGGAUAAAAAUCUCCAGGGAACGUGCCUCGUAGACAACAGUCUCGAAAACUGCCCAUGCACCUGGCCUCCCUGCCCAGUCUCAAAAGUGGACAUGAAGGAUGGAAGCAAAGAAGAACGGCCGCACCCCUUGUUAUGCGAUACCUGCGACGGUUCCCUCGGUUUUCUCGAACCCGAGCCCAACAUUUCCAACACCACCGACAUAGAAGUUCAAGCCCCGGCAUUGGCCACGUCAGGCGAUCAUGACUUUUACUUCGAUCUCGACACAACUGCCCAGCUCGCCAACGCCUCCUGUCCUCUCAAGUCACCGGGCGCACGGAGGACUGGUCCAGACGCUCCGGGUGAUAACUACUACACUCCCGGUUCCGUGGAAUCAGCCAUUGAGCACUUUUGUAAUGAAUACGCAAACAAGGACGACAUAGUGCGCAUAUCCGAUCUCUUCUUAGUGGCCACCCCCCAGGACGACUAUCCAGAACACCGAGUCCCAACCUGGAUCAGCGCGCGGAACUGGACAGACCACCCAAAUAGGCAUGAGUGCGACAAGGCAAGCCUGAUGGCCAACCACACUCUCCAAGCCAGCGAGUGUAAUCUGGCCUUGAAGCAGGCCAACUUUGCGUGCUCUGGUGACAACGCGGACCUCUCCCGUGGAGGAAGCCAGCCAGGGUACUGCCUUGCCUACGAGAUCGUCACUUCGGAGACUUAUAACCGGGACUACAGGCUGUUGGAGGCGGAGAAUACUGGUGGUUUCUUGGAGGCGUGGUCGGGCGGGAGCAACGCCAAGCGGAAUGGAACUGCUCGAGUCUUCAAAGGGAAACAGGACGUCGUCGUCGGCUGUGGGCAAGCAGAAGCCACAGGAGACAAAGGAGCCCAAGGGUGA